AUGGCUCAGUAUGUGAAUAUCGGUAUUCACCACACGAGGAAGAACUUGUCGACUGGCGAAAGCAGUAAUUCGCCUUCCCUCACCAUCACCAGCAUUGAAUAUUUUGAGGGAAAUCCCUUAAUGAGACUCGAAGAGGAGCGGUUGCAAGUUUAUGCGUACGUGAAUAUAACAAAUGGUCUCGAUCAAGGUCUGCGUUGA